UGCAAUAUUCAGUCUUGAUGUUGAAGGAGAGAUUAUUAAAUCUUGUCUAAAGAGUGCUAAAAUUUCAUAUCUGACACUAUGGCUAGUUUGAAAUUUUUAACACCGGAAGAAAAACAAUUUUGGCAAGAAAAUGGUUAUAUAAAGUUGACAAAUGUAUUUUCCGUAAAGGAAAUGAAUGAGAUAUCGGAUGCCUAUAAUGAAUUGUUCGAGAGAAAACAUCGUGAAAAUCUAGCGGGCUUGGAAUCUAGUUGGAUUGGAGAUGACAUGAAGAAAAUAGCUGGAUACAUCGAUUAUACUGUAAAAUCUAUUCACGCUCUACAAAUGCAUAGUGCCGUUUUCACUCGAGUAAUUACGCAUCCAAAUUUAUUAGACGCCCUUGAAGAUAUCAUGGAUACCGAGGAUAUCGUGCUACAUCAUACCAAGGCACACGUGAAACCGCCGGAGAAAGGAGCACCUUACUUGAUGCACCAAGAUUAUCACUACUUUCCUCACAAGAAGCACACUAUGCUAGCCGUGUUUCUACACUUGGAUGAUACGACACCGGAGAACGGUGGUUUGGCGGUAUAUCCAGGCAGUCACAAAUUGGGACCGUUGAAGGAUUAUGGAGUGACCGAUGAAAAGACCGGUGACUCAUAUCAUUAUGUCAAUCCCGAGAAGUAUCCCUUGUCGAAAGCUGAGCCCGUAUUGGCAAAGAAGGGCGAAAUCAUCGUCUUUUCUUACUUGCUGCUUCACGGUUCGUACUUGAAUCUGUCCGAUAGAAGUCGACGUAUGUUCCUUAUACAAGUGAGAGCCGCCGAUGACGAACCGACCGAGGAUGUACAUAAAUCUCCUUGUCAAGGCCUGGUGCUUCGCGGUAACAAUAUUUAUCGAGAAGCAACGAUGGCCAAUAGAUUUACAACUAUGGACAAGCAUUAAUCUGAUAUGUAUGAAGUACGAGCUAAACGAAUAUAUCCUUUCUACUUUUAAAAGAUGAGUAAACUGUUUGUGUAUGUAUUAAAAUAUAAAGAAUAUAAAAUCGUAAAAUAUCA